CGUCAACACUGAACGUCCUUGAAGGCUUGCAGUCUGAUUACUGGCACGGACUAGACGACAUCUCUCGGACAAUACCUCUUCGUGCCACUCUCAAAUUAAGGCAUCAUGUCUAGAAACGACCGCAACUCUGGAACAGUCAAGAUAUCGCAUGUUGAAAAGUUGCUUCCGAACAUCUCCGAGGAACAAUUGGAGUCAGACAACCUAUCGCCCGAGGAAUGGGUGAUCUUCUGGGAGGGCUACAGAGGCUGGCUCCGCGCACAUGGGGUAUCUCUGUAUGAUCUGCGGAUUGUGAGCGAGAACAUCCUGUCAGAACGGUGGUAUCCGCCUCCUGUGACAAAUUCUGCUUCAUAUCCCUUCGCCACUCGGCUGGAUUCUGGUACAACCACACCACUCGGGAGGGGUGUACGGGUGAUGCGUUUUGUUUUCCUGCUGUAUCGAUGAUGAUGACCAACCAGCAAUCCCCGCAGUCUAAAUUCGGAUUCGGGCAAGAUCUCGCCGGUCGUGAUGUCUGCAUAAAGUUAACAAUCAGAGGGUCCGCCGAACACCAAAUCAACAAAUACCUUCUUGAGCAAUCGAGCACCAAUUCACAAGCGCCGUUUCCUUACGUGCUUCCUGCGGUGGCAGUUAUUGACUCUCCCUAUCACUUCUCCUUCAUAGUCAUGCCACUGUGGGGCACUGGCUUCCGGGUGCGAUCGUUUGAUUCUGUGCGCCUUAUGUUGAUCUUCAUCCGGUGCCUCCUGACGGGCCUGUCGUAUUUACAUAGUCAUCGGAUAGCUCACCGAGAUAUCCGACAGACUAACGUCUUAGUUGAUGGCUACUGCCCUGAGUUAGAAGAAACCCAGUCGAUAGUCAUCGUCAAGGAGCACGUGACUUCUCCUGACGUGGCCUUCUGCUUUUUCGACUACGAUCUCGCCAUCCAACUGCCAAAAGACGUUUCUCUAAGGGACGCGCGUAGACCAGCUUGGGAAGGGAACCGCGGUUCCCUCGAAUAUCAUCCGCAUGAUAUCUCUCUCGCACAACCGGAAUACAAUCCGUUCGCAUACGAUGUUGCAUGCUUGGGAAAUUUGUUUUUGCACCACUUUACUGAUGCCAUACCAGUGGUGCCGCAAUUGGCACCUCUCUUUUCCAGGAUGACGACGCAUGUCAUCAACGAGCGCUUCACCGCUGCUGAAGCUUUAUCCUUCUACGACGAGAACCUCUCUCGACUACCAGACGAUUUACUUGCGCAUCCUCUGGCUCUAUCCACAGGCUUUGAGCAGUUGUGGGACCCAGAUGUGUACUGGUCUCUUCUUGCUCCACAAGAUCGUCAGCGGUGGCAAUUGUAUCGGGUGCCGCCCAGAUCCUGGGGUCAACAGCUCUUAGCCUGGGUAGUUGAAACUGAGAUGGGGUGGAGGAUUAUCCGGGGUCUUCGCCGGAUACUCAAUGUCUAGACCCUCGACGUCUCCUGUACUCGGUUUCCUAGUACGCUAGAAUUUGAUUCAUU